GAGAGAGAGAGAGAGAGAGAGAGAGAGAGAGAGAGAGAGAGAGAGAGAGAGAGAGAGGCAAGGUGCACACAUUGCUCAGCUUGCACAUUGCAGCCACGGCAGGCAGCCUGAGAGGAGCUUGCAUCUGCACCUUGUGAACAAAAGACUGAAUGACAUCUCAAAACAUCUGUUAGAUUGAUACUUCAUCACUGGGAAGACAUUACCACAAACAGAGACAUUUUGGGACCACAGUGGAGAAGAAAAAAAAAGCAGUGAAGAAUCUGACAUCACUAGCUCUCUAAGUGGAGCCAUGAUGUAUGGGUCCAUAAAAGCACUGUGUCCUCUACUGAGCCUGGCAUUGCUGUUCCUUAGUGUUCAUGCUGUGCCAGCACGCAAAGACAAAACAGUAUGGACAGCUAGGAUCAAACGACAAGCCACAGAUGGUAAUGGAAACACCACCAAUCCGAGCCAGCCUAUGAUCUUCAACCAUGUGUACAACAUUAAUGUUCCACUAGAGUCCCUGUGCUCAGUGGAUCUGGACUCAAAGGGAUCAACAGAGAGUGAUAAAUCGGGUGAAGAAUAUGAGGAGGAAUCAAUGGAUUCAGAGAGCCAGGUGACUUUCACCCACCGCAUCAACAUCCCCAAGGCAGCAUGUUCAUGUCCAGCUUCCGCCAUGCUGCAGCGGUUAGCCAGUCGCAUAGAGAUUCUGGAGAGAGAGGUUUCACUGCUCAGAACUCAGUGUAGUGGUGCUUGCUGUGGAGAUAACUUGGGCCGGCUGGAUUUUUUCCCUCACUGCAGUGGACAUGGUACCUUCAGCAUGGAAGUUUGUGGCUGUGUGUGUGAUGAAGGCUGGAUGGGGAAGAACUGCUCAGAACUGCAAUGUCUGGGGAACUGCUCAGGCCAGGGUCUGUGUGUGGAAGGCGAGUGUGUGUGUGACACUGACUUCAGUGGAGAAAACUGCUCAGAGCCUAGGUGCCCUGGAGACUGCUCAGGCCAGGGUGUAUGUAUUGCUGGAGAAUGUAUGUGUGGAGAGGCCUAUACUGGAGAUGAUUGCUCAAUGAGCAAAUGCCUGAAUGACUGCUCCGAACAGGGGCUCUGCAUUAAUGGAAGUUGCCAGUGCAGGCUGGGAUUCCUAGGUGAAGAUUGCUCACGUAUCUCCUGCGCUAACAAUUGCAGCCACAAGGGAGAAUGUAAGGCUGGAUUUUGCGUGUGCCAGGAGGGCUACAUGGGAGACGAGUGUGCUUCAGUGGCACCACCCAUGAAUUUGCAAGUGCGUAGGGUCACAGAGAAUACUAUUGAAAUAGAGUGGGAAGGGUCAUCAGUUGGAACAGACUACUUGAUCACUUACCUUCCAACUAGCCUUGGUGGAGAACAGCUGGAAUUGAGAGUUGAAGGACAUGUGACAAACACCACCAUCAGUAAGCUGGAGCCAGGUCUGGAGUACAACAUCAAUGUGUACACAGUCAUUGAUGAUGUCAUCAGUGUGCCAAUCAGCACUGUGGCCUCAACCUAUCUCUCAAACCCUGAUGGACUAAUAUUCAAAUCUAUCAUGGAAACAUCAGUGGAGGUUCAGUGGCAACCCUUUGACUACUUGUUUGAUGGUUGGGAAAUAAGCUUCAUUCCCAUGGACAAUGAUGGAGGAAUGACAACGCAGCUGCCCAGCACCAUCACAUCUUACAAUCAGACUGGACUGAGGCCUGGAGAGGAGUACACUGUAAAUCUGGUGGCACUGAAAGACCAAGGCAGGAGCCAGCCUGUCACGUCCACCGUUACCACAGUAAUUGAUGGACCAACCCAGCUUAUGAUCCGCGAUGUCUCAGAUACCGUGGCAUUUGUAGAAUGGACUCUACCCAAGGCCAAAGUGGAUGAAAUCAUACUGCGAUAUGGAAUAGUGGGUUAUGGUGAACCCAUGACCACAUUUCAUCUGGAGCCAACUUUGAGUCAAUACUCACUACAAGUCUUAAGGCCAGGCUCCAGAUAUAAAGUGUUAGUUAGCAGCUUUCACAAGGGCAAUGAAAGUAGAAUAACCUCUGCUGAGUUUAUCACAGAGAUCGAUCCACCCAAGCACUUGAGGAUACUCUCUAAGACAUCCACUUCCCUGGAGCUGGAGUGGGACAACAGCAAGGCUGUUGUGGAGUACUACUAUGUUGUGUACAGUACGCUGGCUGGAGAUCAGUACAAUAAAGUUAGAAUCCCUUGUGGCAGUGGAGCAACAACCAAGACCACUCUCACAAAUCUGCAACCAGGCACUGAAUAUGGCAUUGGAAUAUCAGCUAUUCUGGGAACAAACCAAAGCAACCCAGCCACAAUGAAUGCCAGGACAGGUCUGGACACCCCAAUGGAUCUGAUGGUCACAGCCUCCACAGAAAACAGCAUCACUUUAGUCUGGGGCUCUGUCCAGGGACCCAUUGAGUAUUACAGAGUGAGUUACACCUCAGCUAGUGGUGUGACCACAGAAAUAACUGUACCCAGAGAUAUCAGCAGCACCACUCUGAGCGGCCUGGAGCCUGGUACUGAGUACACUAUCACGGUCAUGGCUCAGAGGGGCAGACAACAAAGUGCUGCUGCCACAAUUGAUGCUUUUACAGGCUUCCGGCCCGUGAGUCAGCUCUACUUCUCAGACAUCACAUCUGACUCCUUAGCUGUAACAUGGAGUGCUCCAGCCCCACCUGCCGAUACUUUCAAGGUGCACUACUCUACAGAUGAUUCCAGCGAGGAGUCUGAAGUCGUGGUGGAUGGUUCCAAAACUAGGACAGUGAUUUCAGGCCUUCUACCUUCCACAAAAUACAUUGUCUCUCUAGUUACCAUGCAUGGAGACUCAGCUUCAGAGCCAGUUACAGGCACCAUUGUCACAGGUAUGGACCCUCCCAGAGAAAUCAUUAUCUCAUACAUUUCUGAGGAUUCAGUAAUCAUAUCAUGGGCUCAGCCACUUGCUCAAUUUGAUUACUACAAAAUGUCCUACCAGUCUGCUAGAGGGCAAAUGGACAGUGUGCUGAUUCACAAGGAUGUGACAAACUAUACUCUGUCCAGACUCCAUCCAGCAACAGAAUAUCAGAUCAAGUUAAAAACAGUGCGUGGAAGCCAGGAGAGCAAGCAAAUCAGCACCAGUGUCUUUACAGCCAUGGACAUGCCAAUGGAACUGAUGGCACUGAAUGUCACUCCACAGGGAGUAUUGUUGCGCUGGACUCCUCCACGCUCCAGUGUGGAUAAUUAUGUACUCACCCUCACACGCAGCCAAGUGACAGCAGAAACAUUUCUAGUGGAAGGGAACAAGCAGGAACAUCAGCUGAGUCAACUUAUCCCCAGUACUCCCUACUCCAUUGCUCUUUAUGCCACCAAGGGCCCUUUAACCAGCGGCACUGUGAUUGCCAGCUUCAUCACACCCAUGGACGCUCCCCUGAAUCUGACUGCUAGUGAGGUCAACCAUCGUAGUGCCCUCAUCUCAUGGCAACCGCCCAUUGCAGAUAUCGACAACUACAUGCUGACCUAUAAGUCGAGCGAUGGAAGCCGCAAAGAGCUAAUUCUGGAUGCUGAGGACACAUGGAUCCGCCUGGAGGGGCUGGCUGAGACAACAGAGUACACAAUUAGAUUGCAGGCAGCCAGAGGCCUUGAGACCAGUGCCAUUGUCUCUACAUCAUUCACAACUGGCAACCGGCUAUUUGCUCUUCCACAGAACUGCGCUCAGCAUCUGCUAAAUGGUGAGCUCCUCAGUGGAGUUUACACUGUCUACAUCAACCGUGACCCUAGUCAGGGUGUACAGGUCUAUUGUGACAUGACUACUGAUGGUGGUGGCUGGAUUGUGUUCCAACGUCGCCAGAAUGGCCUGACUGAUUUUUCCAGGAAGUGGAGUGAAUAUAGAGCAGGAUUUGGGAAUCUGGAGGAUGAGUUCUGGCUGGGAUUGGAGCAUCUUCACAAGAUUACAGCUCAAGGACGCUAUGAGCUGCGCAUUGACAUGAGAAAUGGCCAGGAGGCAGUAUACGCCAACUAUGAUAGGUUUUCUAUUGGAGACUCCAGAAGCCUCUACAAACUAAGGAUAGGGGAAUACAAUGGCACUGCUGGUGACUCUCUGAGCUACCAUCAUGGUCGACCUUUCUCCACUAAAGACAAGGAUAAUGACAAUGCUGUGACUAACUGUGCACUUUCCUACAAAGGAGCCUGGUGGUAUAAAAACUGUCACAGAGUCAACCUAAAUGGCAAAUAUGGAGAGUCCAGACACAGUCAGGGUAUCAACUGGCACAUGUGGAAAGGCCAUGAGUUCUCCAUCCCAUUUGUGGAGAUGAAAAUGAGACCCUAUAAUUACCGCAUCAGUGGCAAGAGAAGGAGGUCCACUACACAUUAAUCAGCUGUUUUAUCCCCAUCUUACUAGCUGUUCCUAUUUUUACAUAAAAGGAAAAGUAAGGUUGCGUCAUUUUUUUAUCUCUUUUGAGGAAUUGCAUUUAAAUGAUACGUUUUUUGGAUUGUUCCCUUCUGUGUAAAACCUGUGAUCCCUGAAGGUGUAAGAAAAACUUCUAGGUACAGUAUGAUACAGUGUGAUUUACCACAAGCGCUUUGAGGAAAAGACGAAAAUAAAAACAACAAACAUGACAGUGUUACUUUAGAGAAAAAAAAGUUCGAAAAAGAAUCACUACAAAAAAUAAGAGACUUAUAUUUUUAUAACUAAAAACAGCUGUAAAAUAUGACUGAAUGGUUUACAUGCAGGAUUUUGAGACUGUUUUGUUUUUGAUCUGAAAUUGGUUUUGAUUAGACUCUUUUAUUUAUUUUUGCUAGUUGACAUAUACAUGUGGUAACUACACAGUCCCCAAAAUUACAUUCAGAGGUGAUCUAGAUUAUAUGGGCUGCCUCGGGGCUGUCUGGAUAUUUAUAGAUGCUAACUACAUAUGCUUAAAAAAAUGGAUAACUGGAUAAAAAAAAGAACUAUACAGUGAGUUUAAAAACAUCUUUUUAAAAAGUGUAUUAUUUAUUCUUUUAUUUCUGCUUUAGCCUGGUCAUGGUCACAGUAUAUCAGGAGCUUAUGAAAGGAAUACUGGGUCACAAAAUGGGGAAGUGGCAGCUCAGUGGUUAAAGCUUGGGUUACUGAUCAGAUGGUUUAGGGUUCAAGGUCUAGAGCUGCUACUGUUGGGCCCUUGAGUGAGGCUCUUAUCCCUAUCUGUUCCAUGGGGCCGCAUCAUGGCAAACUCUGAUGCCAAAAUUUACUCUACUGUAAUUUUACUUCUUUCCAAACAUUCACAAUGUAGGCAAUCCACCAGCUGUUCUUUUUUUGUUUUGUUUUGUUUUGUUUUGUGUAUUUCGAUGUCAGUCAGAAACAGACAAGAGGAAUACAGUGACAGAAACAAUCUGCAUCCAUUCUCUAUAUAAACCCUUAUAAGAAACAACAAACCGCUUCAAGGAUAAUUUAAAGAGUUGCCAGUGUUCUAGCUGACAGGGUCAAGAGUCAAACAUAACUGGUAUUACAUUUUGAAUGUAAUUUGGAUGAUGUAAUUGGGAUGAUGAUAUUUCUAAAAAUGCUUUGUUUUUAAAUAAUAAUGACAGUGAUGAGAGUCUAUUUGAGAGUCUGUUGUCAAUUCUAGAAGCUGUGAAUUCAUAGCACUCAUAUUUUUGAUUGUUCUUGUUCUCAUUACCAUCAAUAUCAGAUUCAAACCACAGAAACAGUCAAACACCUGCGUAGAUUUGGACAUGUCACACUCCCUAUCAUAGAAGAGCUGAGUAGAUUAGACCAUGUUGUGUGAAUUAAAAAAAAUAAAAAUUAGAUAAAUCACUAAAAAAGAGAGAAUCGAGAAAAAAAGUAAAAGUGAAAGAAUGUUAUUUUCAUUGAUUAUUUGAUUGUAUAGGAAAUAUUUGAAGACAUUUGUAAAUCAACACUAUAAUUAAUUUGUAUUCAUUCAAUUUGUAUAUUUUUACUCUUUUGACUCUUUGCCCUGUUACUGAUUGAAUCAUUAGACUGGAACAUUCCGUUUCAUUUCAAGUGAAAAAUAAUCACGUUUCAAAGCCCUUCGAUUCUUGCACUGAUGGUAUUUUUGAAAACCAAAGAUUUAUAGAAUAUAUAGUGAAUUUCAAAAUAAUUCAGCUUACAUCUUGAUAGUUUUUGAUACAGAAAUGCCAUCAUUGCAGCUUAUAAAGCAUCCCAGACAAUACCAGAUUAUUGCAGCAAAAUCAAACCUCUUUUUAUAAAUCCAUCCUUAAACUUAAUGAUAUGUGCACUAUUUCUCAUGUUCAUGUAAGUUAAUGAUGUUUUUAAUGUAGUCUAUUCAGUUUUGCUGCAGAAUUAGUUUCAGUGUAACGUUAUAAAUCUUUCAGAAUAACAAUCCACACAAAUGUAAAAUCUACUACUAAAUCAACAUUUUUGCUACCUCUUUUAGUUUUAUUGUGUUUUCAGUGAAUGGUAUUGAAUUCAUUUUGUAGUGAGUACAUUUAUCUAACUACAUGAUUAAAAUUUGAAAGAAAUUAAAAUGAAAAAAUAUUUGACAGAGAAAACAGACUUGGAGGUGGAGAUGGGGAAGUGGGUCAAAGGUCAUAAAUACAAUACAAGUUAAACUAACUAGACAGAUUGUAGAUUUUUUUUUCUGGGUAGAGUUACAAGAAAAAAAUAUUGUACUAGUAACUGCAAUUUCAGUUUAACUGAAAAUGAAUGUCUUUUACCGUGAUAUUUAAUCAUUAUUUACAUUUACAUUAUUUGGCAGACGGCCUUAUCCAGAGUGACAUACAAAAAUGAAGUCUCCAUCAUUGGACACAUUAACUCUGGUUCACUAGGUUACAUAUUUAAGAUACCAUGAGUCUAAAACACUGUUCAAAGAUUGUUUUUUUUAAUUAUUAUUUAUAUAUAUAUACAUACAUACAACAAACAGGAGAAAAAAGCCCCAGAUAUGUCACAGUAGCACUAAGUAAAAUAUUAGAACUGUUAUCCUCUAUGGUAUGCUCAAAUUGCACUUUGUCUGAGAUUACAAAAAUCUUUCUAUUCCUAAAAAAGUAUUAAUGACACUGAAUUCAGCAUCCUGUUGAGGAAGAGUAUUAAAAGAUUAUUUUGCAGCUACUGUAUGAGCAUGGCUCUGCUAGUAAUCCCAGCAUACUGGGAUUUUCUGCCACAAUCCUGUGAGACCUCCAAAAUCUAUUGAAAUCUGACAUGCUUAGAGAGUACAUAAAAGUAAGGAAAAGACAUAACAUGGCAUAAAGGUAAUUAGAGCAAAUGUAUGCAAAUUCAAAUAGUUUUCAGCAAGUAUAUGACAGAUAUCCAGUUUUUACACUAGACUUCAGGCUGUUAGAGGUGAAAUAGGAACUCGAGAAUCUUGCACUGUUGUUGUUGGGGUUUUUUUCAGAUGUCUACCCUAAAUUGUGUGUUGUCAGAUUGAGGGUUUUUUUUGUUUGUUUGUUUUUUAGAGUGAUGGGGUAUAUAAAAAUUCCAUCAAAGCUGUUAUUUUUGGGUCCUUUGUGGCAUUUUGAAAUGUUAGCACCACUGUGGCAUGCAGGCAGAUGAGUAAAGCCAGAGAAUGAGUGUGAUAUUGUGGAAAACUUUUCUAGGCUACACAUAUGAUGUGACAUUCGCAAAGUGAUGACGUUGCUUUUAGUACUGAGAAAGAAAUAAAGGGAAAAUGACACUAGUUCUAAAGUGAAAACCACCUGUGUAAUACUCCUCUAAUUUGCAGAUCCACAGGUAAAUACCUGAAAACAUUUCAUGUGUUAGGCAGUACAUAGUUUGGAAAGCAUUCUAAAAUGUACAAUGAUGUAGUAUGUGUAGCAUUUGUAAAGAAAAAAGCACUCGCUUAAACUGAACCAGAUGGAUUAAAUACAUCAUUAACAGAUAUGAACAAAUCAUUGGUUAAUCUACUUCUUUCUCUUUCUCGAAGUUAAUAAUGUGACAAAACACAGCUUGUCACAGACCCAUUGCCGUUGUUAAUCAAGACUUUUUCCAUUAAUGCAAAAAUUCUUUAUUGUAAAAAGUUCACAAUAUUCUAGUAUUGCAGUCACGUAUUAUUAGGCCUCUCUAUUAUAUAUAUAUUUAUUAGGCAUUAAUUUAUAACAAAUUAUUUAUGUACAGACCAUUUUACUGAAGCUAAUCAAAAGCUGAACAUUUCUAACAUUUGAUUAGUGUUUCAUAUGUGUAAUGUAUGCAUUUAAAACAUGUUUACUACAUCAAUUAAUGGCCACAUUCAAAAUAGCUAAUGAUUUGUUCAUAUUUUAUAAUGGUGUAUUAAGAAAGUAAGUUAUUAUAAUAAUUUUCUUUAAGGUUUUUUGUACAUUAUUAUUUGUCCUGUAUUGUCCUGUAUUUCUGAUUCACUUAAUUCUCACAUUGUUGCUAUCUUUGUUUAAUGAAAGAAAUAUUUUUUUUAGACCCAUAAGCUCAAGCUUCAUCUUGUAGUAUGUACCUUAUUUGUAGAAGGAAUUCUCAUUUUAACACAGGCUCCAUAUUACUGUAACAUUUGUAGAUUUGUGUCUUCUUAUCCAUAAAAUUUGACUAUCAGUGUUAAUAUCAGGACAGGACUAAUAGCUACCCCAUAGAUUUGUUCCAGUUUCAAACAGCUUUUAUGACUGCUUAUUAAUUAUAAAUAAUUAUUAUGCUGUAUAAUGCAGCAAUAAAAUGAAAACUUGACAGAUUAUAUACUGAUUUCAAUUAGUGAGAAGUCCAGGUCUCGUGAUUCAGCUCAGCAGCCUCUGUCAUAUUGACUAGUCACUCUCUAAUGAGCCUUUUCUCACUGGCUGCGCUUGAAAGUCUUUGUCUGGGUAACAUUGCAGAGUUGUGGCAGCAUCUUGCAAAGCAGUCAAAAUACAUUCGUAGAUACCAAAAAUAAUGUGAUCAAUGGCACCCUAGAAUGGACCAGAGAACAAGAUUAAACACAGACUAGUGAUUUGAAUAAAAAAAUAAGUACAGUUACAUUUGAAGGUGUUUUUUUAUUUCUUGUUAGUUUUGUUGUUGUUUUUUUUACUGGAUUAAUUAAGAGGAAUAUACAAUUCCUCUUAAUUAAAAUACUCACAAAUUUGUCCAUCUUAAGGCUAAGGCUUUUUUAAUUUUAUUCCAUUUCCUUCCAUCCAUUGACUGGACUUUGUGUAUUAUAACACAGUGUGACAGUGCUCUUGAAAUUUUAAAUAUAUUAUUAAAUGAAUUAUACCGUUAAUUAUUAAUACUGUCAUUUCUUCAUUAUGGGCUUCUUUUUGUCAUCAUGCCUAAUGUAGUUUCUGCAGAUGUUUUACUAAUCUGUGAGACUGUGGAAGAGAGAAGAUGAAACAGUAAAGUUUGUGUUCUCUUGCUCUCUGGCUUUUGAUGUUUACUGAGAGAAUGGAUAAUGCAUGCGCUGAAGAUGAACAUGAUGUGGUAAGAAGAUGGAAAUGUGGAAAUACUGUAUAUGCCUCUGUAAUAGCCUGAACCUUACAGUCGAAUAUCCUUGGAUACUAACGUGACUAAUUAAAUUAGUUCUAGUUUAACUUUAACGUGCUGUAUAAUUCCUUUUUA